AUGCCACCUAACACUAGGGAAUUCCGUGCCGAGAUCACCAAGACCCAAGUCAUGCAUCCUGGCAUGAAGCUGAAAGACCGACUCAAGCUCAAAUAUCAACCUGGGACCUCGUUUUCCAGUUCAAGUACCAGCAACAGCCAUCAAGUUCAAGGUUCAGGAGAAUCACCUUUCAAGAAUGGGGCCAAUCUUACCCAGGAAUCUUGUCCUUUCUUGGACAACGGUAAACGUUUCAAGCAAGAAUCAUCCGAUCCUCAACUCUUGAAAUCUCCAUCCAAACAGGGUGGGAAGCGCGAAGUCCUGGGCACUGUGACCAACCUACACCACAAGAAGAUGAAGAAGGAGCUUAAUUCAGCUGUGUUUUCCAAAACCAAAAAUUCCGAAAUGUGUUCCAAGAUGUCGAGCGCCAAUCUUGAUGAGUUGGAGUUGCUUCAUGAGCAUGAAGCGCUCUUUGACAAGUUUGUCAAAGAAUGUGGUGUGACCACAAACUACGCCAAAACCCGCAACAUCAUGAUCAAAUCAGGCUACAAAUCGUGGACCGACCUUGUGCCCAGCCUUAAAAUGACUGAGCACACUUUGGUCGAAUGUGUAAUUUGCUCAGACCUUUGUAGUGUCAUGCUUGACAAGUCUCAGGCAAGCCACAACAAAAUUAACAAAAUUCAAAUAUAA